AUGCUUCAACAACAACUUGGAAUGGACGUUACACCUAGAUAUCUUCAAGCAAGUGAUCAAACGGUUUUACCGACCAUCAGUGGAUCUAUUUGCCUCACAAACCAGCCAUCUUCUGCCACAAUGUCUCUCGCCAUCCAGAUCCAGAAGCAAAGCAAUGGAUGCCUUUCUCAGCGAUUGGAGCAAGUGGAGAAGCUGGAUAUACCCACUGGUAAUCUUGCUACCAAGGAUACUCAACAAGAUCAAUGUGGACCGAGCAACAGCCCUCAUUCUAGCCCCACAUUGGCUUGGUUUCCAUGGUUUCCACCAUGGUUUCCACAACUGUUGGAGAUGCUGGUGGAUUACUCCCAAUUACUUCCUCAGCGUCCGAACCUGAUAUCCUUGCCCUUCGAGCCCGAGAGGGAACUUCAGCACAAGCUACACCUAACCGUCUGCCCAGUAUCCACAAGCGCUAUCGCUCAGAGGGACUUUCAACCGCGGCUAGAGGAAUUCUCCUGUCCUCAUGGAGUGAGGCUACCCAGAAACGAUAUUCUGGACCGUGGAGCAUUUGGGCAAGUCGUUUCUGAUGCAUAUAGUCAAUAA